CACUUCGGAAGUACCGUCUUCAUCUUUCGAGCAUCAGUCGAUUUGCGAGGUAUCGUUSUUGUCGUCUUCGAUCGCACCAAACCCUCAAAGAGAGCUCAAUCCAGACCCACCAACGCGAAAAGAAUCCCCACCUAUCGCCGGAACAAACGACAGAASUACAGCAUGGUGGUCCUUUCCUCUCUUCGAGUUGCCGUUGCCGCUUCUUGCUUGUCCGCUGCGGCCCAUGGAUUUUCCGUGGUUCCGAAUGCCGGGCGCGCGGGAAACGCGAUCGUUGCCGGUGGUGCAACGCAGCUGCACGGAAGGGCGCGCGGUGGCCUAGGGAGCAUCGACGCCGACGAAACCAGCGGUCCUUCCAAAAAGACGCGCACCGGGUUGAAGAAAUCGACCAAGCUGCAGCGAAAACAGAAAAAGAAAGGCGGCAAAAAGUCGGGCUCGGCACCGUCCUCGGCCAUGUCCCCCGAUCUGGAGAAAUUCUUGCAGCAGUCGGGAAGCGAUGGUGUUGUCGAAGCCGAGGUCGUCGGCAAAACCAAGAGUGCUCGGGGAGGACGCGAUCGCCGCCAGAAGCAGAGCGAGCAAAGGGCGAUCGAUAAGGAACGGAGCGCAAAAGUAGGAACCGUYCUGGAAAAACUGGAGGAGGUCCUUGAAGAACGAACCGGGAAGGUCGGCGAYAUUUUGGCGGUCGUCCGGGAGUUGCUGGAGAUUCCCUCGAACGACAACGGCGAUCUGCGACGGCUCUUGUCGGGAAAAGACCGAUCGGAUUACCGAUUGGCGUGGGUCGGAAGCGACGACGCACUGUGCCACGUUGGAACCGGACUCCACAAGGUCCCUCUGGCCCGCAUGAAGGAGGUCUUUAUGAACUGUCUCGGAAAGAACAAAAUAGAAAUCCUCGAAGUCAUCAGCAUCCUCGGGCCCUUUCCGAACGUCAAGAACGUCCUGCAGGGAACCGCCAAGCCCUCGAGCGGGAGUGCUGGUUCCGAGAUGCAGAUUGUGUACGACACAAUGUACGACGGAACGGGAAAAGAAAUCAUGGCCGGUACCGACGAUAACAUUCGCAGGGUGGAUCUCGAGGUUGCYUUUUGCGACGAGCGCGCCAUCGUGGUGGUGAUGCCCGACGAGAAUGCGAAUGCCAAACCCCUCGAUGGCGACGGGAGACGCGUUCUCCUCUUUGUGAGAGAAGACGACCUGGACGACAAGCUGGAAGGACUCCGAGUCAACGAAUUGGAUUAAGGGAUGAACUACUCGAUAAAUUAAYACAAAAUACGCCU